UAUUAGUAAUUUUAUUCGCAAUUUUUUUAAAUGAGUGCAAUUGUCAAAUUUUUCUUAUUUAAUUUUUACUCAUUUAAUUAAAAAGUAAAGUAAAACAAAGCUUCUCUCGAAAGCUAAAGCUAAAAGCCUAAUACCCAUAAAUUGUCAAAGAAGCUAAAGCAAAGCUCUCCAAGAAGCUAAAAUAAAAAAUUAAACUUGUAAAAAAAUUUCACUCCUCUUCCAUUUCUACACUCAACUCUUCGUAACAGUGACUAAUUGCAGUUAUUUUGCUUCUGGUUUGUAUUAUUGGGGUCUGAAUAACUUAACUUGAAAAUUGGGAGAUUUAUUUGGCUGCUUGAAUAUGGAUGAUGAGGGAAAAACCUGUAUUGAUCGAAUAUCCGAACUACCUGAUUUCAUUCUUCACCAUAUGUUGUCUUAUCUUUCUACAAAACAAGCUGCUCAAAUGGGUGUUGUAUCCAAGAGAUGGAAAUAUGUUUGGGAAACAUUCCCUAUCCUUGAUUGUUCUCAAGAGCAUUUCGGAGAACAUUUAUGUUUAACUAACCCGAAGGAGGGAGAGCUUCCUAAAGAUGAGAGACGCAAGGUUUUUAUUCAAAGAAUCAAGUUCAUGAGCUAUGCUGAUAAGAAACUGCUUCGAUUUCAUGAGGAGAAACUUGGUGUGAACAAGUUUAUUCUUCAUAUAACCCUUGUGAGUAAAGUUUUGGCCCCUCGUGUUGAUACGUGGAUGGAGAUGGUUGCUAAAAGGAGUAUUCAGGAGUUAACUGUGUGUAUUUCUACGGGAAAAGGAAGACUUCAUGACCUGUCUAAGAUUUUGUUUACAAUGGAGUCAUUAACCGUUUUACAUCUAGAUGGUUCUAUCCUAUUAAGUAGCCCUCCUGAUAGUAAAGCUGUUAAGUUAUGCUCUUUAGUUGAGCUGCAUCUUUAUUAUGUCUCUAUAGAUGAGGAUACAAUUCAAGAUCUCAUUUCCUCUAUUCAAUCAAUGAAAGUGCUUUCCUUGUGGGAAUGUUUAAAUUUUGAAAAUCUUGACAUAUGUGGUCAUGAUAAACUGGAGAAGGUGGCGUACCGUCCUUGUAUAGAUUUCAAAGCCAAAAGGUUUAGCAUAAAGGUGCCAACAUUAAAAGAACUCGAACUCACUUUUCGUAAUGAUGGUGAAGAAACAAUGGUAUGUGAAAUCAUUGUCAGUUCUGUUUGCCAAAAUCUGAAACGUUUGUCGUUGCGCGACAUUCCCGUAGAUGCAAAGUGGCUACAGAGCAUGAUUAAAUCCUUUCCUCUGCUUGAGCAUCUUUGUUUGGCUGGAUGCAUGUUGCAAGAAGUUAUUAAACUCUCUAGUCAAUCUCUCAAGGAGAUAUGUUUUCAGGAUUGUAUGAAACUGGUGGAAGCAGAGUUUGAUACACCUAAUUUACAAUCUUUUAAAUAUAGUGGGAAGAACAUACCUCGUUUUUAUUUAAGCAGUGUUGCUGAAUAUCGGGCAGCAGAGUUCUCUGCCCAUUUCAAAGAUAUGGACAGUUUAUGGUUCACGAGAUUGUGCAACUUUCUCAGAUAUUUCAAAUUUCAAGACCUGACUGUUGUGAUGUUUUCUAUACCAGGUAAGGAAAUCUCCUUCAAUGCAAAGGACUAUACCGGGAUACAGUUUCCUCACUUUGAACUCAACAAUAUGAAGUUGGUUAUGCAUAUGUUGUGGAUGACAUCAAUAAACUAUGCAUCUCUUUUAGAUAGCUUAUUCUGGAACUUGCUCCUAGGACUCUGUUAUUCAAGUUUAUUUUUAUUUCUCCUAAAAUUUUGAAGGUAUGCCAUUUUUUUGUUUUAAUUUUUUUUUUAUUAUUUUUUUAUCGCUUACUUUCUAUUGGUUUGCAUUGCAGUGACAAAUUUUACUACGUAAGUUAUCAGUUUAUGCAAUUGCUCAAUUGUGUAUGGUUUGCUAAAAUAAAAUUCUAGUAAUAUAGAGUAUGAGUUGAAAUUUUAAAUUGUUAAAUAUUGUUGCAGGGGCUACUGAAAUGUUUGGUGGCAGAAGAACCAAAUUGUCACUGCUCUCAGAAUCUUGAAUGUUGGCGUCACUCGUUGAAGGAUAUAAAGCUGAUUAAAGUCAAAGGUUGGGAGAGUAAUACUGUAUUUAAUGCGAUGACCCUGAACAACUUGACUGAUUAUUUGGAUGCUUGGGUGAUUGAAGCCAAGGAGAGAUCUCUGUUGAAGAAAUUCCCUGUGAAUUCUUUAUCUUUAGAAUUGUCAUGGUGCUAAGUUCUUCCAGUUACGCUAUGUUGUCACUGUUCCCGUUCCCAAAGCUUAUGACAACCAUUGUUAUUGCCUUCAUAACACACAGUUUGGCUAGCACCAGCAUCAUUCAAGCUAUCACCGUCUAGCAGGUCUUCUACUUGCUGCACAACCUUCCAACUUUGCUUGUGACAAUCACUAAAGAUAUCUGUAAUCUUGAGUAGAUGUCUGUCCAUCACAAUUCAAGGGAGAAGAAUCUGGUUGCACAUGAAUUGGCCUGUUAUGCAAUGGCAAUGUCUGUGGUGCACAAGUAUCAUUUUGAGCCUCCAGAUUGUGCCAAGCGAGCUCUGAAGGGUGAUAGUCGCAACAUUUAUGCUUGAUCUGAUGUUCUGCUGUUCCAAUUGCUGCUGCUGUGUUACAUCUUCAUCUUUUGUUGUACUCGGUAUAAAACUGGUAGUCUGGUUGAUAAGUUCAUGUUGGGGGUUGUAUUUGUAGGCUUUUUGGGUUAUUGCCUGCUGCCUGCUGGUGCUUAUAGGCUUUUGUUUUCCCCCUGUAAUUAUGGGCUGCUAAACUCUCUUAUGGCCUAGGCCUUUUAUAAAUUUUUCCUGUUUUAAUUU